AUGGUCGAAGAAGCGAGAAAAUUUCUUCAAGACAUUUUAACCAGAGUGAAUGGUUUACAUUGCAUAUUAAUCACAGACAGAGACGGAGUUCCAAUGUUAAAAGUUGGAAAUGAUAAGACACCAGAACAAGCGGCUAGGCCGAAUUUUAUUUCCACUUUCGGUUUGGCGAUCGACCAAGGAAGCAAAUUGGGUUUAGGCAAGACUACUACUUUAAUUUGUGCUUAUUCCCAGUACCAAGUGAUACAGAUGAACAAACUUCCUCUUAUAGUUUCUUUUAUUGCUAGUGAUACUUGCAAUACAGGUCAUGUUUUAGCUCUAGAGAAACAGAUUGAUAUCGUUGUGUCAGAUUUAGCAUUAGUUGUUACUGAAUCUUAA